CCAGCUUUAAACCAUGAUGGAAAGCAAAUAUUGUAGUCAUGUUUCCACUCUUCUCCUACGCCAAUAAUUCACAAGUCACCAACCUCAACAUAUACUCCUUCAAAGAGUUCAAGUUUAGCCAAGAACAACAGGAAGCACUAACAACAGCCAAGUUCCCUUAUCUUAUUUUACUCACUCCUCUAGUUCCAACAAACUCAAAGAAAUCAAAGUGCAGAGCACAACCAUAUUGCGAAUGGAUCAAACUGCCACAAAACUCAGAUUUCAGCAACUCAAACCAGAGGCUUUGUGGACCAAGGGGAUUAGCACUGCUUUCCCAAGACAGGUUAUGUGAUUAUGAUCUUCAGGCUUUGCCUAUCCAGGUUGAGCAGCUGAUGGAAUGGAAUGAUGUUGAGCGGGUGUUCCUUUAACAUUUCAAGAAAUGUAACCUUGAGUAUACAUCUUCAUAUGUAUAUCUCACACGUUUUCCGCUGCAAAACACUUUGAUUAGGAUAACUUUAUGUUAUGAAAUUGUGACAUGUGUUAUUGGGUAACCCACCUUAAUCAGUUCUCAUUUAUGUGUAUGUUUUAUAAGUAUCCAAAUAAUCAUAUAUGAUCCUAGCAUUUUAUCUAUGAGUGACAUUUCCAUAUACUUUAAUGUUAAGUAAUUGUCCA